AAUGGUUAAAAUUCUUCUUUGAGUUUCCGGGUUCGAAGCCCGGCGGUGGAAAGAGUAAAUUUUUUUUUUUUGCAUUUCGACCAAGCAAUAGAUAUUAUUAUAGGAGUAUUUUAUUUUUUCCCAUUUUGUAAGUUACAGUUAGAAUAUUGUAUAUUCAUGAUUUAGAGUUCCUAAAUUUUGUCAAUCAUGCGUCGGAAGAAGAGCAGAGCUAAACGGCGAGUCGCCCGAUCCAACGAGGAAGACACGGCGGGAGUCGACGAUGAGCCGGGAGCGUCGAAGGAUGCUGUGGAAGCUGCCGAGGAGGCUGGUAUCCAGAGUGAGAAGGACGUUAAUCAAGAGAUUGAUUGUUUUAAAGAGGAGUUUGAGGAAGUUGAGAAUGUGGUAAUUGCUGUCAUGGAGAUGGACUCAAUAAUUCAACACAACGGCGGUGACGUUGUUCAAAUUGAAUCGAAUUUUACUGAUGGAAGUAUUCGUAAAAGUGAAUUGUGUUCAGAAGUAAAUGGUGUGAGUGAGAGCGAGAAAUCGGAUAAUUUGGAUGUUAGUGUGGAGUGUAGUAAAUUUGAGGAGAUUAUUGAGGAUGGGACUGUUAGGGGACAGAAUUUGAGUUCGAACAUCCAAGUUAUGGAUGUGGAUUCAGGGAAUGGAAUCGUCAAUGGUGAGGAAGCCAAGGAUCAUGAAAAUUCAGAACAGAAAUCACUUGAAGAGGAACCCUCUUCUGCUAGAAUUGCAGUCAUGACAUUAGAUGGGCAAAUCAAUGAUGGUUACAACAACAAGGAUGGUAAUGAUAGGGAAAAAGAGGAGGAGAGCAGAGGUGGCCGGGAGCAAAAUGAAGACAUUGCAGUUAGUGAUGUCAAUGAAGCGUCUCAGGUAGUUGACCACGACUCUCCAACUAAGCAAAAGAAAGAAAAGCAACUGGAAAUACAUGUUGGAGGUCUGCAUAAAGAGAUAGUUGAACGAGACUUGUUUGAAAUAUUUGGAAAGUUUGGGGAAGUCCAAAGUGCAAGGAUUGUGAGGCAUCGAACCACAAAAAAAAGCAAAGGAUUUGCUUUUAUUCAAUAUGCCACAACUGAGCAAGCCAAGAAAGCUCUUUCUGACUUGAAGGAUGGCAUAGAGGUGAAAGGAAAGCUUGCUAAGUUAUCAAUCAGUCAUGACCGUGAUGUUCUAUAUCUGGGACGUAUUUGCAGAACAUGGACCAAAGAGGAUGUGCUUGGGAAGUUGAAAGGCUAUGGAAUUGAAAACAUUGAUGAGAUACAAGUACCCAAUGAUCCUAAGGAUGAUAGGAAGAUUAAAGGUUUUGCUUUCUUGAGAUUCAAUACCUUCUCUGAUGCAAAGGCUGCAUUGCACCGUUUAAGGAAACCAGAUAUAGCUUUUGGCAAUGCAAGAGGUGCUAAAAUUGCUUUUGCUCGCACCCCAAUGCAUCCAAGAGAGAGAGUUCGGUUACAGGUGAAAACUAUUUAUGUUGAGGGGAUACCAAAGUCUUGGGAUGUACACAAACUUAAAGAGAUCUGUGAACAAUAUGCUGAGACUAAAAAGGUCAAAAUAUCUAGGAAUUUAAGCAAUAAAGGCAAGGAUUUUGGAUUCAUUUCUUUCACUACCCGUGGAGGUGCUGUGGCUUGUGUGGAAGGGAUGAAUAAAUUGCGAUAUGGAGGAAACGUCAAGGUUAAAGCUUAUAUUGCAAGGCCUCUUGUUCAAGUGCGGCUGCAAAAAAGCUCUUGUCUAGGACUGAAAUUUAGUAAAAGGCAUAGAAACAGUGAUUGGUUGAAGACAAAAGGUCAAGCCAGGUCUAAAGGCGUUAAAAAAGAGAGUGAUGUGAGAGCAGCAACCGUUAUAUACAAGUCAAAGAUUUGGGGGACCAAAGAGAAGCCAGCUGCAGUUGUGUAUAAAAAUAAUCAGGAUCCUUUGAAUUCAAAGCAUACAAUAGAAGGUAAAAGAAAUGAACAACAAAGCAUUGCCCCUGAAACUCAUGACGCUGAAGAUGGACUAUCUACCAAGCCCAAGAAAACUGAUUUCAAGAGAAAUAAUAGAAAGAGACAAAGGAACAGUAUGCACAGUAAGAGGUCAUCAAACAAACCAGAAGGUUCUGUAUUAAUGAGAGAAAGGAACCAUAUGCACAGUAAGAGGUCAUCAAACAAACCAGAAGGUUCUGUAGUAAAGAGAGAAAGGAACCAUCUGCACAGUAAGAGGUCAUCAAAUAAACGAGAAGGUACCUCACAAGGUCGACAUAUUCGUUCUUCUCGAAGUUCAAAGAGCAGAUCUUAUGUACGGAAGGGUCAUGGCAGGGGUGCAGAUUCUGUUGCAUAUAGAAUACCAGUUAAAGAGGCAUAUGCUCCAUCCACUAGUGGGUAUCCAGGAUCAGCUCAUGGUGCUUUUUCUGGAUCCAAAAGGCCUUCUUCUUAUAUGGAAUCUCAUGCCGGAUUCGCUCAACCUGUGAAGCACAAUGACCAAUAUCUCACAGAAUGUAUCGCACCUGCUUUUCAUCAUCAAAGGCAAGCUUAUGCAGGGUAUCUUAAGCUAGAUCACUAUGAAAGACAACCUCCUGCUAAGUACUUCAAACCUGCUAUUGGGAAUGAUGCCCUACCUCAUGCAGGAUUUCUUGAGUCUUCUUUCAGAAAGCAAAGUUUUGAUGGAGCCAGAAGGAUUGCCAAGUAUAGUGGCCCAGACAAUCAAGGGCCUGUUCAUGGAUCAGGAUCAGCUUAUUCACGCCCUUAUGUUCCAAACAACUUGAGCUAUGCUGGAUAUGAGGGAAAUAGUAAUGGUGGUGGCUAUCAUAGGUUUAGGAGAGCAUACACAGCAAGGCAAGCACACUAUUGAACAGGAACAAGAACAAUUUCAUCGUCUAUUUUUAGCAUAUUAGUUUAGAAACAAUUUUCAGUCUUGUGAAGAUUGAACUUUCUCUGUUAAUAAAAAAUGUAUGUUUCCCGUAGGGAUUAUAUAAAGGCAUUGGUGAUUGAGCUGCCCUCUGAAACCCAUACCAUCUAAAGGACUGAUGUUUUGUAAGUGAAGAAUGGCUGGAGAAAUAUUUAUGUUCAAUAUCUUGAAAUGUUGGUCAUAUUCUGAAGUUUGAUCAACUCAAGUACUCAA